UCCCUUCUGUAAUAACUAGUUCGCCAUAUCCUUAGCUUUCUUUCCCUAAGAGAGUUUCGACUGCAACCGGGUGUAUAUGAUACAACUUUUCUCUAGCAUGGAAAACAAGUCUCAAGAACAGGCUGUUGAUCCUGACGUGGACAAUAUGAUUCUCGACUAUCUGCUAUGCAUGGCAAUUCGAGCAGUGAUAAAUGAGCGUGUUAUUCAGAGGACGGAAGGCCAUUCGCAUAAAGAUGCCGAGCACCUUCUGAACAUAGUUGAUGUUUUCUUUUCACUAUUCAAAAUCAACCAUCCAGACCAGAAACUGACUGACGACAUCGCACUCAAAUUUCAAGUUCUUACUUUUGCGAACCUCUUCUUACGUCGAUAUCGAGAUUCUGUGUACCUGCCUUCCCGUAAAACACUUCAGAAACGACGUAUAACAAAUAGAAAGAGGGCAAAAUUAUGGGUUGAGCGGAAUAAAGCCGUCAUGUCGCAGGGCCGGAAUAACUUGUAUACAUUCGGCAACGGUUUCUCGCUUGAUAAAAACUACAAGGACAUGCGUGAGCACAUGGGACUGCCACCUGACAAUAGUAUGGAUUGGAACUCCCGUGUGUCUUUAUUGGAUAUCCUCCCUGAGUAUAUGGCGCUGGGCGAUGUCAUCCCUUCCGUACUUCGGCAGACGUGGAUGGAGAACGCCAUUCUACUGAUGCUACAAUGUGCGCUAGAACAGGUGCUCGUUUAUGGAGAAACAGAAGCAGAGAAGAUAGACGAAGCCUUUGCUUGGGAUUGGCCAUACAGCCACAAUUGGCUUGGGAAUGGAACAGAGAAGGCAGCCUGGACAACGUCGCGAGAUGUCAUGAGAUGCUCCUUGAUUCCUUCGGGAACAUCCACCAGUGAAGUCAAUCUCAAGCGGCUUUCAUUCAAAUACCCUCUGUUCGAAGUUGAGGGUGCUAUCUUAGAUUCAUUGAACGAUCUACUCAACAUGCUGGAGAUCCCAAUUCUGCAACGGCUGGGAUUAGGAACUGCAUCGGAGUUGAAUGUCAUGGACGUGACAGGCGAAUAAGCUUGCGCGGAUUUUGAAAGUAGUCGAAAUACAACCCAUGCGAAACAUUUAGAAGACGCUGUUACUGACAACAUGAAACGGUAUGGACUAGCAUCUAGUCGUCGGGAUACUCAUCUUGUAUAUUACUUACAAACCGAUGCA